AAAUUAAUUAAAAGUUUUCGUUCGUAUGACAACAUACGCGUCGUAUGAUUGAUGUGACUGUGGUAGAAGUAAAUCGAAUGUGCAGCAUAUUAUGUAAAACGUGCUUAAACAAAUAAGUUUAGCUUUUAUCUAAGCUUGAACUAAACAAAGAUAUCCGCAAGCUGCUGACUGUUAAGGAAAUUCAAAGCACUUAAUAUGAAGUCCACAAUUUCAUUACUGGUUGUCAUCUGCACUGUUGUGUUGGCCGCGCAACAGAGUCAGGCGAAAAAGGGUUGUCAGGCCUAUGGCCACGUCUGUUAUGGUGGGCAUGGGAAACGUUCCUUGAAUAACGGUAACGCUGCUGUAGCCAAUGAACAGGAGUAUGGGCAUCCCAAUGGCAAUGGCUUAGUGGCCUCCACUAACGAGCAAGCGCCCGUUGUGCCCGAGCCAGACUUUGAUGACUAUCCGUCGCGUCAAGUGCUCUAUAAGAUUAUGAAGAACUGGUUUAACCGUCCUCAUCGGCCAGCAGCGCGUUUGAGUGAGCUGGACUAUCCCAUUUCCGGUGAGAGCUUUAAUCGCGAAAUCUCUUUGAAUGGCCUCAACUAAGCCAAUAGCUUGGCCCAACUAAAGCAUGCACUGAAUCCAAACGAAUCCCUUUCAACAGAAAAAUAGCGUAACUGCAAUAUUAUCAAUUACUAAAUGCAUUUGUUAUUUGAAAUGUUUCAUCGAUGUCUACGCAUAUCUAAAUAGCGCCAAGCAUUUUCGCCACAUUCAUGUGUAAGUGAAGGGGUAGGAAAUCACACUGAAGUUUUUAGGGGCUGGUAAAGAUUUCAGUACAACAUAAAACAUAUACUACAAAAUAAAGCAAGAUUAAACCCAA